CCAGCAGGGACGGACGCCCGGCCGCCGCAGCCGCCCGGCCGCUAUGGAUCUAUUCGACUUUUUCAGGGACUGGGACUUGGAGCAGCAGUGUCACUAUGAACAAGACCGUAGUGCACUUAAGAAAAGGGAAUGGGAGCGGAGAAACCAAGAAGUCCAGCAAGAAGACGAUCUCUUUUCUUCAGGCUUUGAUCUUUUUGGGGAGCCCUACAAGACAAACAAAGGUGAUGCACUUGCCAACCGAGUCCAGAACACGCUGGGAAACUAUGAUGAAAUGAAGGAUUUGUUAACUAACCAUUCUAAUCAGAAUCAUCUAGUGGGAAUCCCAAAGAAUUCCGUGCCCCAGACUCCCAUCAACAAAAACGAACCAAGCUUUUUUCCAGAACAAAAGAACCGAAUGAUCCCACCUCAUCAGGAUAGCACUCACUCCUCGGCACCGAUGCCUCCACCUUCGGUUGUGAUACUGAAUUCAACUCUCAUACACAGCAACCGGAAGUCAAAACCUGACUGGCCACGAGACAGUCAGAACACUAGCAUGGUACCGGCCAGCCAGGCUGGCAGUCAGCCCAACAAAACGCAGCCCCCAACACAGGACCAGCCCCCUGCCAGACUGGAAGACUUCUUUGUCUACCCAGCUGAACAGCCUCAAGUUGGAGCAGCUGAAGAGUCAAACCCAUCUGCAAAGGAAGACGGUAACCUCAAGUCCGGUGGAGGGGAUACGUUCAAAGAAAUCUUUCAGUCCAGCUCCCCAGAAGAAUCUGAAUUCACACUGCAGGCGCCUGGGUCUCCCCUAGUUGCUUCUUCUUUAUUAGCUCCCAGCAGUGGCCUCGUGGUUCAAAACUUCCCACCAGGGGUUUACUGCAAAACGAGCGUGGGGCAGCAAAAACCAACCGCAUAUGUCAGACCCAUGGACGGCCAGGACCAAGCCCCGGACAUCUCUCCCACGCUGAAACCUUCAAUUGAAUUCGAGAACAGCUUUGGGAAUCUGUCAUUUGGGUCACUCUUGGAUGGCAAACCCAGUGCACCCAGUUCAAAGACUAAACUGCCAAAGUUCACCAUUCUCCAAACAAGUGAAGUGAGCCUUCCCAGUGACCCAAGCUGUGUUGAAGAAAUCUUGCGGGAGAUGACCCAUCCCUGGCCUACUCCUCUCACUGCCAUGCAUACUUCUGGAAACUCUGAGCAGAGCACAUUUUCCAUCCCAGGACAGGAAUCCCAGCAUCUGACCCCAGGAUUCGCCUUACAAAAGUGGAGCGACCCGACCAGCAGAGCUUCUACAAAGAUGCUUGAAGACGACCUUAAGCUGAGCAGCGAUGAAGAUGACCUUGAACCCGUGAAGACCUUGACCACUCAGUGCACUGCCACUGAGCUCUACCAGGCUGUUGAAAAGGCAAAAUCUAAGAAUAAUCCUGUAACCCCGCUCUUGGCCACGCCUCAGCCCACACCUGCAGCGCCAGCCAGCGGGGGAUCCGGCAGCUCCAGUGACUCUGAGAGCAGCUCAGAGUCAGACUCAGACACUGAAAGCAGCACCACUGACAGCGAAGCCAAUGAGGCGCCGCGCGUGGCCACGCCAGAGCCUGAGCCGCCCUCCACCAACAAGUGGCAGCUGGACAAAUGGCUUAACAAAGUGACAUCUCAGAACAAGUCGUUUAUUUGCGGCCAAAAUGAAACACCCAUGGAGACGAUCUCUGUACCUCCUCCAAUCACACAGCCAAUGGAAGUCCAGGUCAAGGUGAAGCCAAACCCCAGCCAGGUCCUGGCUGAACCCAAAGAGAGGCCUCUCCUCAGUCUUAUCAGGGAGAAAGCCCGUCCACGGCCCACCCCCAAAAUCCCAGAAACAAAGGCUCUGAAGCAUAAAUUGUCGACAACUCUCGAGACAGCAUCUCAAAGGACAAUUGGCAAAAAACAGCCCAAGAGGGUGGAGAAGAACCCCAGCAUUGAGGAAUUUACCUGGCCCAAACCAAAUAUCUCCAGCAGCACUCCCAAAGAAAAGGAAAGCAUAGAGCUUCCUGAGCCCCCGAGAGGCCGCAACAAAGCCGCCGCCCACAAGCCGGUCCCUAGGAAAGAACCGAGGCCCAGCAUCCCCUUGGCCGCCGAGAAGAAGAAGUACCGAGGGCCCGGCAAGAUCGUGCCGAAGUCCCGGGAAUUCAUUGAAACCGACUCGUCUACGUCUGAUUCCAACACAGAUCAGGAAGAGACCCUGCAGAUCAAAGUCCUGCCUCCUUGCAUGGCUCCUGUGGGCAACACUGCCAAGUCCAAGGACACCUGCGGGCCCAGCCUGACCCUCAGCACCUUCAGCAGCAGCAACCCGCCCGUCCCCAGUGACGAGCCUGCUUUUUCACCCAUCCCUGUCAUGCAGACCGAGCCUCUGUCUCCUCUCCGAGAUCACGAGAAUCUGAAAAAUCUCUGGGUGAAGAUUGACCUCGACCUACUGUCUCGAGUGCCUGGCCACAACUCACUGCAGGCGGCGCCGGCCAAGCCAGACCACAAGGAGACAGCCUCAAAGCCCAGGCGGCAGGUAGCUGCCGCCACUGCUGCGGAUAAAGCGGCCCCCAAGGGCAAGCGUAAGCACAAGCCAACAGAAGUUGCGGAGAAAAUCCCUGAGAAGAAGCAACGCCAGGAGGAGGCGGCCACCAUCUGCCUGCUACCACCGUGCAUCUCACCAGCUCCCCCCCAGAAACCUCCCAGCACUAAGGAAAAUAAUUCAUCCAGGAGAGCAAACAGAAGAAAAGAAGAAAAGCUGUUUCCCCCUCCACUUUCCCCACUGCCAGAGGAUCCUCCGCGCCGCAGGAAUAUCAGCGGCAAUAGCGGUCCCUUCAGUCAAGACAAGACCAUCCCUAUGACUGGACAGAUCACCUCGACCAAACCUAAGAGGAGUGAAGGCAAAUUCUGUGCUACUUUCAAAGGGAUACCUGUAAAUGAGGGAGACACUCCAAAAAAGGCAGCCUCUGCCACCGUCACUGUCACCAACACUGCUAUUGCCACUGCCACUGUCACUGCUACUGCCACUGUCACCGCCACUGUCACGGCCACUGCCACGGCCACUGCCACUACCACCACCACUACCACUACCAUUUCCACCAUCACCUCCACCAUCACUACUGGCCUCAUGGACAGCAAUCACCUGGAGAUGACAUCCUGGGCCGCCCUGCCCGUUCUUUCCAGCAGCACUACCAAUGUCCGGAGACCCAAGCUCACUUUUGAUGACUCGGUUCACAACGCUGAUUAUUACAUGCAAGAGGCGAAGAAGCUGAAACACAAAGCUGAUGCCCUGUUUGAGAAAUUUGGCAAAGCCGUGAAUUAUGCCGAUGCAGCCCUGUCCUUCACCGAAUGUGGCAACGCGAUGGAGCGCGACCCUCUGGAAGCCAAGUCUCCGUACACCAUGUACUCUGAGACCGUGGAGCUUCUCAGGUAUGCAAUGAGGUUGAAGAACUUUGCAAGCCCCCUGGCUUCGGACGGGGAGAAAAAGCUGGCCGUACUAUGCUACCGAUGCUUAUCACUUCUCUACCUGCGGAUGUUCAAACUGAAGAAGGACCACGCCAUGAAGUACUCCAGAUCACUGAUGGAAUAUUUUAAGCAAAAUGCUUCAAAAGUCGCUCAGAUACCAUCUCCAUGGGUAGGCAAUGGAAAAAACACUCCAUCCCCAGUGUCUCUCAACAACGUGUCUCCCAUCAACGCAAUGGGGAACUGUAACAACGGCCCGGUCACCAUCCCCCAGCGCAUUCACCACAUGGCCGCCAGCCACGUCAAUAUCACUAGCAACGUGUUACGGGGCUACGAACACUGGGACAUGGCCGACAAACUGACAAGAGAGAAUAAAGAAUUCUUUGGCGAUCUGGACACGUUGAUGGGGCCCCUGACCCAGCACAGCAGCAUGACCAAUCUCGUCCGCUACGUUCGCCAGGGACUGUGCUGGCUGCGCAUCGACGCCCACUUGUUGUAG